AUGAAGAAAGCAAAAAAAUCCUUGAGCACACAUCCUACUACCGCUAGACCCUCCACACCCAUUACACGAUCCACUACUAUUAGACCUACUACUUCUAAUACACAACUCUCCACCGCUGAAUCAGCCACAUCCAUCACUCAACCCAACACUAAUAUACCUAUUACUUCUACUAUACAACUCUCCACUACUGAAUCAGCACAACUCUCCAUCGAUGAAUCAGCCACAUCCACCACACAAUCCAGUACUAAUAACGAUAGACCUACUACUUCUAAUACACAACUCUACAUCGCUGAAUCAGCCACAUCCACCACACAACCUAGCACUAAUCAACCCGCUAUAUUCACCACACAACCAACAACAACUUCACAAAUCACUCCAUCUAGACACACUAAUGUUCUGCUUAGCUCUCCUAUUAUCCAAGAAGAAUAUGAACGUGAUACAAUGAAAAGAAAUAGAAAAUUCGAAGAAUUAGAAAACGAAAAUCUACGGCUAUGGAAAGUAAUUGAUGAGCUUCAUGAUAUCACAAGACGGCAAGAUCGUAACAUAAUGGAUAUAACGGACCAAAUCAAUUAUUUAAUGAUUUCCAUUAUCACUUUGAUUGAUGAAAUUGAGGAAUUGUAUGAGUUAAGUCAAUCUGAUGACCAAGACUCGUUUGAGUGGGUGAUGGAAGAAUCUUCAACUAAUGCAUUACGAAGCAAUUUGGGAGAUCGUUACAAAACAAGCCAACAUAAGUUGGCAGAAAUUCGGCGACAAUACCCUACUAAAUCUUCCCGAAAUACGUUAUCAAUUCAUCAGGAUCCAUUCCGAAACGAUGACUGGUUACGUAAAAACUCUCAGCAACCUGAAAAAAUGUCCCGACGUACGGAGGCGUUUGGACACUUUUCCAUCAAAAAUGCUAAACGUACUAAAAAGUAUGACUUAGAUGAGUUAAUAAAACAGCUAAACAAAAGUGAUCAUGAAAUCUCCGAUGCUGAGGAAAGGGAUGAAAAUAGUUACGCGUCCUUUAACUUACAUGAUAUAUCCCAGAGAUCUGAUAAACUACAUCAUCUCUUCCUUGAUACCAUGAGGCCACAUCAGAAAUCGAUCUUAUUAAACUUAUCUGCACCAGAGGACCUUCCGGAUUGGGAAACGACUGAAAGUGGUGACGAAUGUGAUGAAGAAAGUGAAAAUAGUUGUAGUGAUGAUAGUGAAGGAAUGGAA